CUCCCAGCACAGUAGCCCCUCCCCUCGCUGAAACCCCAAACAGACUGACCGAAUGGCAGCUGACUGAAAAGCCCAGUCUGUGUCGCUUCUGUCAGGAUGGCUGUGGAUUCAUUAUCUCCUGAUUGGGAGUUUGACCGCUUUGACGAUGGAUCACAAAAAAUUCACACAGAAGUGCAGGUUAAAAACUAUGAGAAGUUCUUAGAGGAAUAUUCCGCUCAGCUCCAGGGUAUUGAAGAAGCGUUGGACGUCUCUGUUGGAGAUGUUUGGGACUUCACUCUGGACCCCAUUGCUUUGAAGCUCCUGCCGUAUGAACAGUCCUCGCUGCUGGAGCUCAUCAAGACAGAUAACAAGGUUCUUAAUAAAGUCAUCACAGUGUAUGCAGCUCUUUGCUGUGAAGUUAAAAAGCUGAAAUAUGAGGCUGAAACCAAGUUCUACAAUGGCUUGUUGUAUUAUGGUGAAGGAGUGUCAGACACUAGUGUGGUGGAGGGAGAGUCUCAGAUUCAGAUGGGCCGCUUUAUUUCCUUCUUACAGGAGCUGUCUUGCUUUGUGUCACGCUGCUUUGAGGUGGUGGUCAACAUGGUUCACCAGCUGGCGGCUUUGUACAACAGCAACAAGAGUGCAACAAAAAUCAUUGAGUCCACAGGUGUACACUUUCAGGCAAUGUACGAGCAUCUGGGAGAACUUCUGGUGGUCCUCAUCACCCUGGAUGAGAUCAUGGAGAACCACGCCACACUGAAAGACCACUGGAAGAUGUACAAAAGGUUGCUGAAAUCUGUCCAUCAUAACCCAGCUAAGUUUGCCAUUCCAGAGGAGAAACUAAAACCCUUUGAGAAGCUCUUACUGAAGCUGGAGGGGCAGCUGUUGGACAGCAUGAUUUUUCAGGCUUGUGUGGAGCAGAGGUUUGAUGACCCAGAAGGAGAUGUAUCAGUUUCUAAAAACAGUGCGUUUGCAGAGGAGUUUGCGUACAAUAUCAGAACCAUUUUUGCCAAUGUUGAAUCAAAGCUUGGAGAGCCAUCAGAGAUUGAUCAGCGAGAUAAAUAUGCAGGCGUAUGUGGCCUCUUUGUGCUGCACUUCCAUAUCUUCAGGACUGUGGACAAGAAGAUCUACAAAUCCCUGCUGGAUGUGUGUAAAAAGGUCCCUGCGGUGACAUUAGCAGCUAAUAUAAUCUGGUUUCCAGACACAUUUCUGGUAAACAAAGUCCCUGCGGCAGCUAAACUGGUGGAUAAGAAGAGCAUCCAGAGCAUCCGCAGCAGCAGAGACGCAUACCUGCAGCAAAAGGCGCAGAUUCUAAUGAAGGACAUGCAGUCCUACUACAUAUUUGUCACCUCCUGGAUGAUGAAGAUGGAGUCUAUAUUAUCAAAAGAACCUAAACCAGACAAACUGUCUGAGGAUUUGAGCAACAGGUGUAAUAUCUUUGUGCAGGGAAUCCUGUACGCUUACAGCAUCAGCACCAUCAUCAAGACCACUAUGAACAUGUACAUGUCCAUGCAGCGGCCCAUGACCAAGACCUCAGUGAAAGCCCUCUGCCGAUUGGUGGAGCUGUUAAAAGCUGUGGAGCACACAUUCCACCGGCGCUCACUGGUUGUAGCAGAUUCUGUGUCUCACAUCACGCAGCAGCUGCAGUCUCAGGCUCUGGCCUCCAUCUCUACUGCUAAGAAACGUGUGAUCUCUGAUAAGAAGUACAGUGAGCAGAGGCUGGACGUGCUUUCGGCUCUGGUUCUGGCUGAGAACACUCUGAACGGGCCCAGCACCAAAGAGAGGAGACUGGUAGUGUCUCUGGCUCUCAGUGUUGGCACUCAGAUGAAAACCUUCAAAGACGAGGAGCUCCUGCCUUUACAGCUUGUGCUGAAAAAGCUGGACUUAAUCAGUGAAUUAAGAGAGCGAGUCAAAGUGCAAUGCGACUGCAGUUUCCUGUACUGGCAUCGUACAGUUUUUCCUAUCUACCUGGAUGACGUGUACGAAAACGCUGUGGAUGCGGCCAGAAUUCAUUACAUGUUCAGUGCACUCAGAGACUGUGUGCCCACCAUGUUGCACGCAAAACACAUGGAGUCAAGUGAUCAGCUGCUGGAGUGUUAUGACACUGAGAUCAUGGAAAUCCUUAAUGAGCACCUGCUAGACAAGCUGUGUAAGGAGAUUGAGAAGGACCUGCGCUUGUCUGUGCACACACACCUCAAACUGGAUGACCGAAACCCUUAUAAAGUGGGCAUGAAGGAUCUGGCUCACUUUUUCUCUCUCAAGCCCAUUCGCUUCUUCAACCGUUUCAUCGACAUCAAAGCCUAUGUGACUCACUAUCUGGACAAGACGUUUUAUAACUUGACGACUGUGGCUCUCCAUGACUGGGCCACGUACAGCGAGAUGAGGAACCUCGCCACACAGCGCUAUGGUUUGGUGAUGACUGAGGCGCAUCUCCCCAGCCAAACUCUGGAACAGGGCCUGGAUGUCCUGGAGAUCAUGAGGAACAUUCACGUCUUCGUCUCUCGCUACCUCUACAACCUAAACAACCAGAUCUUCAUUGAGAGGACCAGCAACAACAAGCACUUAAACACUAUUAACAUCCGCCACAUUGCCAACUCCAUUCGCACUCAUGGAACCGGCAUCAUGAACACAACGGUGAACUUCACGUAUCAGUUCCUCCGCAAGAAGUUCUACAUUUUCAGUCAGUUCAUGUAUGACGAGCACAUCAAAUCCAGACUCAUCAAAGACAUCCGCUUCUUCAGGGAAACCAAAGAUCAGACCGACCAAAAGUACCCCUUUGAGCGAGCAGAGAAGUUCAACCGUGGCAUCAGGAAGUUGGGUCUUACUCCAGAUGGUCAGAGCUACCUGGAUCAGUUCAGACAGCUCAUCAGUCAGAUCGGUAAUGCAAUGGGUUAUGUGCGCAUGAUUCGGUCUGGAGGGCUGCACUGCUGCAGCAGCGCUAUCAGGUUUGUUCCUGAUCUAGAGGACAUCGUCAACUUUGAGGAGCUUGUGAAAGAGGAAGGCCUUUCUGAAGAGACGCAGAAAGCUGCCAGGUACUGUACUUCAUAAUGACAGUUAAUCAGCGGA